UCAGGUUAGAGUGAUAAGAGUAUGAUGACAAGGCGUGCAUUUAGAAUUUUGAUGAUCUUUGAAGCCUUUUUUCGUAUCUCAGAAUCAUCCAAAGUCAAAUACUCAUACUUUACCGUCGGACAGACAGUGUUACUAAAAUGUACAGACGGUAAAUUAAAUCUGAAAAGCGCAGUUUGGGCUGGCCCUGUACACAAUAGUAUUCGAAAGGGAACUCCAGUAUCAGUAAUUGAUAAUAAUGGAAAACGAAGCAAGUGGAAAGUUUCACAGUAUACAGACGAUGGACGUGUAGAAAGUAGUCUGUUACAUCGCAAUAGAUUAAGAGUUACAGGAAACUAUGACCUUCAGAUAUUUAAAACUUCUUCAUUAGAUGAAGGUCUCUACAUGUGCUAUUUAGGACCAAUGGAAGUGUUUUCAAGAAUAAUAUUACACAUGAAAACCUUGCCAUCGAAUAUGACGUUUGCUAAUGCAACAAAAGAGAAGAUAUUACACGGAAAAGAAAACACUACAUUACAUAUAUUAUGCAGUGUUCAAGAUGGAAUACCGGAUUCAUUAUCAAUCAUACGAAACAACAAAACUGUAAAGAGUGGCGAAGACAGCAGUCUUGAGUAUAGUUUGUUACCAACACGACUUGACAAUGGAUUGAAAUAUACGUGCGAGGCAAGGAGUUCCUUGUUAAAACAACCAAUGAGAAAGAUGAUUCAUCUGGAUAUCAAAUAUAGACCAGUGGUAUCACUCAUGCAAAAUGGGACCCAAGAAAUAAUUAAAGGCACAUCUUACACAUUAUGUUGUGAUGUCGACAGCAAUCCAUUACCAACAUCAACCAGCUUGAUGAAUGGAAGUCAGGAAAUAUUGGUUACACAUAAUGUUACAGAAACAUGCUUCAUAUUUAGAAAUGUCAGCCAAUACGAUCAAGGAAACUACACGUGUAUAGCCUACAAUAUAGUUGGCAAUGGUCCAGCUACCUUUGUUAUUCGAGUAAACUGUGAGUUAUUAACAAUUUAUUCAUGA